AUGAAUGUGAGACGUUCUUCCCGAAGAAACCAUGCCACAAAGGAGGCCACGGACAAUCACAAGUCAACAACAGUUAAAAACAACUUUUCUGAUGACAUAGAAGAUUCAGAAGCAAAAAAGAUAUACAAAGAGCAAAAACAAAAGGUUGAAGAAAUAUCAGUUCAAUUCAAAUCAAUAAAACAAGGUUUAUAUGAAGCAAGAAUGGCAGAUAUUGUUGAAGAGAAUAAAUCUAUCAUGCAAGGAUGUCACCCUAAGCUUGCUCAAAGGUUAGAAGAAAUUGAAGAAAAACAUCUUUUACUCUCACAAAAAGCAGAAGCUAGGAGAGAUUAUCAGAAAGAAGCAAUAGAAAUAGAGUUUGCUGCACGAGAGAAACAAAUAAGAGAUGAAUUUUUAAAUGAUCGCCGUAAUCUAAGGAAAGUUAUGAUAGAAGAACUUGAACUUAAAAGGAGUAAACUUAAGAAAGAAUAUGAUUUAUAUAAACAACCAGAGGAUCGUCUUAUAGAUUUGGUGGUAAAAGCAAUUAAUGAUCCAGCAUUGGAUGCACUUUCUAAAAUUAAAAGAGGUUAUCAAACAGAAAAGGCACGUAGUAUAAUGUCAGUUGUUCAGGCACGUUUGCCAGAUGGAGAACCACCUAUAUCAUCAUCAGUUGUUGUUUGGACAGAAGAAAUGGAACAAAAAUUAUGGGAAAUACUUGCACAAAAUAAACGACAAAGUAUAGAUUGGAAUGCUGCUUCUCGCCUUUUAAAUGUUCCUAUUCCAUAUUUAUUACGUCAUGCUGCUUUCUUAUACGAAACGCAACUCCGUGGUGUGCAAAAAGCAUUAAAUGUUAGUAUUGGAACUAUUGGCACUCGUAAUAGAGCUUCAAGUAGAGCUUCUUUAACAAAAGUUCCCUUAUUUGAUAAUGAUAAUGGCUAUCAAAGACCUUCAUCUGCAAUGUCAAAUGCAAGUAAAGAGCAGUAUGUUACUACACGCGGUGGUCAUGAUAUGAUAAGAACGAGCAGUAACAAUAGUUUGAAUGAUGGUCUUAGACCUAUUACUGGAUCAAAUUCAUCAACCAUUACUUCCUUUGCUGCUCAAGCAAUAAAUGAAUCUGUAUCACACCAAGCAAAAGCUUUAUCGUCACAAACACAAAAUCAACAAGCAUCAACACCACCAAUUGGUUCGCCUAUUAUUUCUAGAAGGCCCAUGUCUAAUUCAUCUUCAGUUUCAACUAUUACAAAUAUAGACCUGGCUAAUAAACAACAAACUGUGCAAACCACAAUAUCUAAGCAAGAAAAUUUUUCUACAUCUUUAUCUACAAUAGAAUCAUCAACUGCUGCAACGGAAUUUGCUACUCCAGCUGCAUCAUUAACAAUGCCAUUAUCAAGAACUUUUUCGAGUAAUUCUUCAAGCAAUGAAGUAAAAGAAAUAAGAGAGAAAAUGGCUAAAUUACAAUUACAAAUGCAAGAAACACCAGCUUUCUUACCUUUACCUUUACCUUCAAGCCUACAUUACUCACAAAUUUUAAGAGACGAUAGUAAUAUCGCACGAUCCAGUGAUUUAAUGGAUCUUAGAACUCCAACAAUUGAAUCUUUAAAUAAUUCCGAACAACCUAAUAAAGCAUUGAAUUUGGGUCUUCAGCCAGCUAUAAAGAAUCCAUCAACAAGUGAAUCAACCAACUCUCUAACUGAAUCUGAACUUGAAAAUGCUUUUCUGGAAGAUCCAUCUAAUUUCAACAAUUCAAAAAUUAGUCGCAAUAGUAAUGUAAUUAGUACUUCAACUGACAUUAUUAAUUAUGAGGACAAUGUAAGCAAACCAUGUAAAACAGUAUUAAAGUCAUUGGAAAAUUUAAAUGAGACAAAGAAGUCUGAAACUUCAAAUGUUAACAUUUCUAAAAAUCAUUAUUACAAAUCUGACAAAGAUAAAAAAAUUGCAUUAGAAUUUUAUAUAAAAGCAGUAACAAAAGAACGUGAAGGAAAUUUAAACAAAGCUUUAAAUAAUUAUCGUAAAGCGUUGAAAUUAGAUCCUGGUGUUGAUCACUCAUAUAGAAAUUUUCUUAAUGUUGAUAAAAAGUCAUCUGGUGAGGAUUCUUCAAAAACUUUUAAUAAACAUUCUGAAGAAUUUCAAAUUCUCAAUAAUGUUAUUGACAGAAAAGAUAAAUUCGGUGUAAAUGGUAUUGAUGUUAAGUCAUCUUCAACAUCACCAACAUUCUUACAAAGUAUUAAUAAUGAAAAAAUUAAAAUUAAUGAUUUGAUAAAUUCAUUUCAAAACUCAACUAUUAAAUUGUCAUCAUUGGACAAAGAUAGACCUGUACUCAUUGCAAAACUCCCUAAUGAAACAAUAACAUAUAUAUUACAUCAACUAAUAUGUCAAGGAGAUGUGACUUCUCUUAGUCGUUUUGCUUUAGUUUGUAAGAAAUUUCUUUUAAUAUCAUUAGAAACUUCUUUAUGGCGGUUCUUAUGUGAAAAGGCAUAUAGAGACAGAAGCAUGUCUACUCAAAUGUCUAUUAUUUGGUUAGAAAAACAUAUUGUGAAAUUAUACAAUAAUGAUUGGAUGAAAAUGUAUAUUGAAAGACCUCGUAUAAGAUUAGAUGGUGUUUACAUAUCUAAAUGUAAUUAUUUAAGGUGUGGUUCUAUAGAAAAUACCUGGUUUCAACCUAUUCAUGUUGUGAGCUAUUACCGUCUUUUACGUUUUUAUUCUGAUGGUACAUGUAUUGCAUUACAAACAUCAAAUGAACCAAAAUAUGUUGUAAAAUUUUUUGAUACAAAUUAUCAAUCUAAAAAUCUCAUGUGCGGACAAUGGGAACUUACUGAUAAUAAUAGUGUGUUGAAAAUAUCUGCAAGAGAUGAUGAAUUACCUAAAUUCACCUUUUAUUUAAUAUUUAAACUAGAAUCAACUUAUCGUGGGAGAUUUAAUAAACUUUCAUGGAUUUGUUAUUAUUAUGUAAACAAUUUCUCUGAUGAAAAAACUGAUAUGUGUCUAAAAAAUGAAAAAAAUUAUAUCUUCAGUAAGGUAAGAAAAGAUUGUGAUAAAUAA